CCGCCUCUUCGCGACGUAGUCCAUCCAGUACUGUCAAACGUGCCGCAUCUCGAAUCGCAGUACCACACAAUUUUUUUUGCGUCCUGUUUUCCUACGAGAAGAAUGUGACCGAGGUUUACAUCACCCCCUGAUUUGGAUGUUAGUUUUUUUUUUGUGACCCGGACCAGCACACAUGACUUUGGGGAUCUAUCAUAAAAGUGAAUUCUUUGAUUCUGGAAGCAGCAUGGCACCGAAUUCGGAAGAAUCAUCCCGGAUUGGGCAGUUUCCGCCCAUUGAAGACUCCAUCAACAAAGAAAAGCAACGUCCUCCAAUUUACAACCCAGAAGACUACGCAAUCUCAUUAAAAAAAUGGGGUAGAAAGAGCGCAAACGGAGCAAUGGUCACUUUGUAUUCGAACACCACCAGCACCGACAUAGAAUGUAGCAGGUCGCAGAGCCACAGCUUCCGCGACUAUCGGAACCCUAUGCUGACGUCAUCCGGUUCCGAGAUGACCUUACGACAAUUCGGUACUGUCACCGAACUCCUUGCCAAGUUGAAGUCCGAUCUGCGAUUAGCUUAUCCCAGCUUCGUACAGGAAUUUAUUGGAGAUCCUCUAGAUGGCGUCACACUGCUCCUGGAUUUACUCAGAGCCAUCCAACUCAGUCAAUCAAACAACGGACAAGUUCCAGGCUCUAGCAACACCACUGGGAAAAUAUCACCUUCCGUACAACGUAGAGCACUUCUCGACGAACUUUCAUGCUUGCAAUGUCUCUUAAACUGUUGCUCCAGAUAUUCGGAAGGCAUCAGAAAACUCACAGCUUCAUCUGCUAGUUUAUUCACACUAGCUAUUUGUAUCAUGAGCAACGUUAACAAAUCUAGAAUCAUAGCCCUUCAGCUCUUGACAAAAGCCUGUGAACACUCAAGUUCAGGCCACACCGCAGUUUCAGAGGCUAUGUCUACUUUAAGGCUUCGUUUUGGAGAACCUACAAGAUUUAGAUUUUUGAUAGGAAUGCUUACUUCUGCUGGUGGCCAAAAGGAACUUCUUGCCGCAGGAAUGAAGUUCUUAAAUAAGUUUUUGGACACUGCAGCAACGCCUCAAAAAAGAUUAUAUAUACAGGCUGAAUUGGAACAGGCCGGUUUUGAUAUUGCCACCAUCAAAAAGAAUAUAGGAAACAAUGCAGUGACUGCUGAUUUGGUGUUUGAAGAAAUCGAUCAUUGGGAGAAAAAACAUAUUGAUAUAGAAACAUUAUCUAUAAGACUUGAUGACGCCGAAAGAGAAAAUGAUGCUUUAAGGGAUAAAGUUUUGUUCUUAGAGAGGCGUGUUCAAAUAUUACAGGAAGAAAAGGGCAUUUUAAUAUCCUUAGAACAGUGCUUGAAGGAAAGGUGCAGUGAACUGCAAGGAGAGGUUCGAUCGUUGAAGUCAGAUAACAAGUCUUCAAAAGAUGCGCAUCCGUCAGCUGACGAUGAAGGUAUAUCAUCAUCUGAAAGAAGUCCAUCGCCUGAUCAUGAACUUCCACGGCCAGAUGAAGUUUUUGAUGUAUACAACGAUAAAACACUUCCAAUUGGUGGUGUAAUGAAAAAUCUUGAGGAAGACGAAGAAGAAACAACAAUAGAUGAAGUAAUAGAAGAGUUAAAGAACAUAAUCAAUGACGCGGAAACGGAACAAUACAUUAAAGAUGAACGCAAAAAAGAACUUGAUAGAAAAAGAAUUGAGGAAGCACAAGUUAAAAGUAAAUUGCAGCUACGCGUUGAAGUGGACGAUUAUGCACCAAGCAACGAAACGGAAAUCAUUCCGACGAAUAUAUUCCCUCAACCUCCACGAAGAGCCCGAAGUUUAGUUCACCUUUUCAUCCCAGUAGAGGACUACGACUAUUGUAACAAUAAAGAGCUAUUUUUUGAAAACGAAACCGCUUAUACAAGUGAAGAAGGUUCAGAUUCUCUUCUUAGUGCAUCUAAAUGUCAAUUGCCAAGACUGGACAAGGAUGGUUCUUCGAGGAUUCCAGAGGAGAAAUCAAAGGCUCAGGAACGUAAAUCCAGAUUAUGUUCAAGAAAUUCGAUUAAACGGUCCGAGUCGUUUAGACACGUGGAGAAAACUCAGAUUGCAAUAACUCCAAAACAGAGCAGUUUCGACGGUUCAUAUUAUUAUAAUACACCGGUUACUGUUUACCAUCACAAACAGAAGGUGAUGGAAGAUCUGCAAACUGCCAGGAUUAAGUCUAAGAGUCUGGACAGGAUUGAUGAUGGAUUGGAUUCGAUGGUAGACAUAGUAGUGACUGAUCAUAAAUUGGAGAAAACAGUACAAAGAUUCCACACCAAAAGUGAUUCUGGCAAUGUAUCGGGUACAUCUUUAUCCAGAAGUAUUUCUAAUGUUUUCGUAACACCAAAAAAAUCUAAACUAAGCACCCACUCAGAUGAGAAACAUAAAAUGUUUUUGCCCAUACAAAGAGAUAAUGAGGUGCCCUAUUACUUUCCAAGGAUUCAAGAAAAGAAAACUAGUACUUCCUCGAGUUUUUUAAUAAAAAGGGGUCAUACAAAUGCAGGAUUGUACUCCGGACAAGUCCAUCAUCAACACACGUUGACCAAACAUAAGGAGUUCAUGUCUGGAAGUAGUAGUAGAAGUCAUGGUAAACUGACGGAUCUACCUUCAGGACUGUAUUAGUUGUGUAAUUUUAUUUUAUCUUAGUUUUUGGGUUUACGUACAACGAAGUUUUGAUCUGCUAUUUGGUCUAUUUUAGAAAUAGACGUUUAAUAUGUAGGGUCAAAUGUAUAUAGUUUUAACAAGUUAUGUAAUGUGCAAUAUAGAAGUUAAAGCAUGUGUUAAAUUUUAUCUUUAGAACUAUGUAUGUAUGUGGCGCAUACAAAAUUGUACCAGUGUUAAAAUGAAUUGAUUUUGAUGGCGCCAUAUUUUU